CACGGAUACAUGUAUGUGUUAAGUACCACAAUCUAGGAGAAAAUAGGGUUUGUGAAUUGGGUCUACGUAUACAUGUCUAGGAAAUAUAUAAUGGAAAUACGACACAUGUGGAUAUUAUAAUACACGAUUUCGUAUAUUAUUGUGUACACAUUUGGACUCAAGUCCAAAUUAUGUAUAGAAAACUUUUAUCGGGCAAUGAUUUAAUUUUCGUUAUGAAAAUUAUUUGCAUAAUUUUCGAGGGAAAACAUUCUGUCAAGGACUUGUUAGUAAUUCAAAAUUUAUAGAAAUAAUGGCAGGUAUAUUAGUACCAGCCUUUUCAUUUCCAUAAAUGUAUUAUAUUUUAACUUUCCCAAAAGUAUGACUCGUCAUCUUCCGCACAGACCUACGCAUCUAUUUUCUCUGCUCAGACUUUCCCUUCCGCCAAGCAGCCAUCGACGCAAGACAAGCUUCUCACCUCCCAGACUUAUCUCUCAAGCCAUUGCCACCGCUCUCCAACCACCACCGCUCCGGCCGAUUUGCUACUGUCGCUGCACCACUGUGUCUGCACCGCCGCCACACCUACGAAUUUGUCUGCCGCCGCCACACCUACGAAUUCGUCCGCCGCCGCCACAACUCGGACCCUUGUCUUCUUCUACUUCUUCGAUUUUCUUCUAUUUCAAACCGCCUUCGCCGCCUUCUCCUCGUAAAACUCGAUCAGAACAAAGAUCUAAAUCUCUGAGCUCCUGGAUUGCCGACUGCGGCCAGAUCCGCCGUCAUCUUCGAUGGAAGUUUAUCACAGGGUCACCGCGGUUGCUGGAUCCGUCGUCCUUGGUGCCGCCGGUGGCGGAUCUGCCGUCCUUGGUGCCGCCGGUGGCGGAUCUGCCGUCCUUGGUGCCGCCGGUGCUGGAUCUGCCGUCCUUGGUGCCGCCGGUGCUGGAUCUGCCGUCCUUGGUGCCGCCAGUGCCAGGUCUGUCAUCUCGGUAGCCGGCGGGAGUGGUCGCAGCGGGGGCGGAGGUGGUUCAUGGCAAGGUGGAGGUAAGGUCUUGGACAUCGAUUGUGCGUGGUGCGGUGAGGCUAGGGCGGGGUGGGUAUCAAUAAUACUAUAGCAAUAUUGUUCAACAAACAUGGGAAUAUAUAUGUAUUCAAAUAUUUUAGGAGAAAUAACAAUCAAGACAUGUCGACUUAUUAUAAUGCACUGUCUAAAUUAUACAUGGGUAUCAAUAAUACUAUAGCAAUAUUGUUCAACAAACAUGACAUAUAUUAAACAGUUUUUAUAUGUGAUAAAAGCGCAUUUGUAAACAUAUAUUUGAAUACAUAUAUAUUCCCAUGUUUGUUGAACAAUAUUGCUAUAGUAUUAUUGAUACCCAUGUAUAAUUUAGACAAUCACAUUCUCCUUCAUAAUCUAGAUUAAUAGUUCCAAUCUAUAUAUUGCACAUGACUAUAUCACAAUUCGGUUGAUAUUCAUGUUGUAUACAAGUAACUAUAAUAUGGAUCAAGUCACUAUACACAUAUAUUUAGAGAAAUAUGUACACAUGAUCACAUAGAUAAUACAUUUAGUAACUAUAUUAGGACAAUAAUUGUUACUCAGAAAUAUGAUUUGAAUUAAGUCCAAUAUAACAUGAUUUACAAAUGAUCUCUCAUAUGUAACACACUAGAUUGUAUAGGUAAUUAUGGAUAUAUGUAUAAUAGGUUGUCGUAUUUUAGGUAACACCAUGUGUUCCAAUAAGAUACAUUGUCUAGACGCCCAAUCAUAUUUGCACGUCUAGACAAUAUUAAUCAAUCAAAAUACAUAAAUUGUAUAAAACACGAAAUUAUAACCCAGUUUAACUAAAAUAAUAUAUUGUAUAAAUUUAAUCCAUAAUUUAUAUAGGAACCGACAUAGAUCAAUCUAAUACAUUCGUUGUGUAGGAACAUGUCUUGAGGAUUUUCUAUGUAUCAAAUUAUUUCCUAUAUAUCAACAUACGGAUUAUAAUUUCGUUGUCGUAUGCACAAUCUAGGCCAAUUAUAUCACGGAGAUUGGACUAGAUUGUGAUCUUAGACAAGUGUUCAUUACUCAUAAUCCACUAGAUUAUGUAUAAUAGACAGUGCAUUAUAAUAAGUCGACAUGUCUUGAUUGUUAUUUCUCCUAAAAUAUUUCCUAUACAUAAAAUAUAUAGGAUUUUUUCCUAUGUAUUACAAUUAUAUCAGUGCAUAAGACAUGUAUAGAACAUUGUGUUAGACGAGCCAUGUACUUUCCUAUAGGACAAUAUUCGUAUGAUACUAAAAUUUUGCAUUGAGUUCCUAUAUCAUAAAUACACAUUUCUCC